UUUCGAGUCAGCUCGAAGGAGGAGAAUAGCCGCAACAACGACGCCCGUAAAGGAAGCAGGCCCUCAGAUAGAUACACUCUGAUGGGGAAGAAAAGUCGCGUCACAGGAGGAGCAGUCGGUCGAAGAACGAUUUUACAGCUUUCACCCCCUGGACUGCGUGGCGGGAAUAGCGGAGAGAGGGAAGACGCGCCCUCGGGGUCUGAUGAAGAACAAGAAGGUGAUGCACACAGAAUCGUGAGACGCACAGCGAUGAAGGCUCCCACAGUAAAGGCCACGGAGGGUUUAUCCCUGCUUGGAGCCUAUGAGGAUAGUGAUGAAGAAGAUGCGGGAGACUCUCAGCGUUCAGCCGCAAAUUCUCAACGCAACCAGCCUGCUGACAUUGAUAGUACGUUGGCCAACUUUAUGGCUGAAAUUGAUGCGAUCACUACUCAACCAAGUUCAGAGGAUGCAGCACCUCAUCCUUCAGCCGUUACAGCCACCCCACCCAGACCUGAGGCUAACACUCAGCAGUCAGCUCGUAAAGAUGGACAGGCUCAGCAAGGCACAGAGUUUGAGUACAAUACUCAGUACUCUUUAGCUGGAGUUGGUGUAGAGAUGGGAGACUGGCAAGAGGUAUGGGAUGCUGGUUCUGGCUGUUACUAUUACUGGAAUACUCUGACCAAUGAGGUGUCCUGGGAACUGCCAAACUGUCUAGCUGAUCAGGUGCAAAGCCUGGGACAGGGUGCCAACAGUGUCAAUGGCAAUGGUACAGCACAUGCUGGUUUUUACACAGAGGAAAGCACUGCAUCUGCUCCAGCGCCAACUACAGUGACCAAACCAAAGGAGGUGAUUGAGAGUGUUGUGGGUCUUACAAGCGAAGAGGAGGAGCGGCAUGGAGUGGCUGCAUCUCUGCUUUCUUCUCUGAUCCCUUCUGAAGUUAAAGAAGCAGAAGAUAAAUGGAGAAAAAGACUGCUGAAAUCUUUAGAUGACACAGAGGCUAGUUUGGAUUCUGAGGGGGAUGCAGCAAAAUCCCCUGCUGAACCUCUGCGUGACUCAGAAACAAUUACUACUGCCCCAAAAGAUCCUUGCCCCAAGAAGCCACCAGGGGAAAACUCAGAUGCUGAGGAGGAGACCGAGGAAGACACAGUAGAGCUAGAGCUGGCCCUGGAGAGAAAAAAGGCUGAGCUCCGGGCUCUGGAAGAGGGUGAUGUAAGUGCAGGGGGCUCCAGCCCUUCUUCAGAGACAAGCCAAGAUGCUGCUGGUCCUCGUGGUCUACUUAAGAAGAAAAGAUGGAAGACUGCCUUUCCCUGUGCUGCCAGCCCGGACUCUAACAGCAGAGGCUCAGACUUACAGGAGAACGCAGACACUGCACUUUCUAAAAUUCCAGAGAGUGUGGCUGAAGAUGAAGACAAGGAAAUCAAAAGUUCUGAGGAGAAAACACUUCCUCCAGUAAAAGAAGAAGUUGAAACACCUGAACUCAAGUUUCAGAUUGGAGAACUGGCUAACACAUUAACCAGCAAGAUGGAGUUCCUGGGGAUAAACAAAAAGGCCAUCUCAAACUUCCAGUUGCUUCUGCUACAAACUGAGACACGCAUCGCUGACUGGAGGGAAGGUGCUCUGAAUGGGGUCUAUCUUCGUCGCAGGCUGCAGGAAGCUGCUGAACACAUAAAAUAUUACGAACUUAACGCCACCCCAAAAGGCUGGUCCUGCCACUGGGACAGAGAGCACAGGCGGUAUUUCUAUGUGAAGGACCGGACUGGUGCCUCCCAGUGGGAUUUCCCAACAGAGGAGGACAAGGACGAGGACCCAAAAGGCAGCCAAGUUACCUCGACUCAGACUUCUGGCCAAGGGGACACUAAAGCAUUAUCUGCAUCUGGUGUCACAGGGUCUUGUGAACCCACUGCCCCAGCACCUCCUUCUCAACCUCCUGAGCCUCUUCAGCCCCCACAGCCCAGUGCAUUUUGGUCCCCAUCCCAGCCUCCCCUUCCUAACAGCCCCCCUCCCCCCCACAACUCCCCCCCUCCACCACCACUCCCCCCAGACUCACCACCACCACCACCUCCGCCUCCUGACAGCGAUAGUGAGAUAAUGGAGGUGGAGAUGGAAAUGGAUGAUGAUAAUGAUGCGGAGCCUCCAGCCCCUGGAACUGAGGAAGAUGGCAGCGGGAAGCCUCCUUUACCCCCAGGCACUGCCAGCAUGAAAAUUGUAGAGUCAUCUGGUCCCAUGGUGAAAGGGCAGAAACGUAAAGCAAACCAGAUGAAUAAAUCCAUUACCAUCGGAAGCAGUCCCAUUCUUUACACCCAACCUGUUGUCAACACAGGUCAUUUAAUGCCAGCAACUGCCUAUUGGGGUGUUCCAGCCGUUACUGCUCCUUUGGUCCCCUGUGAACCUCCCAUCCCACCUAUUCCAGCCCUACCUCCUCAACCGCCACUGCCACCAUCCCAGCCACCAUUUGAACCACCUGGACCCAAAGUUCUACCCAUAGACAAGACCAAGAAAAUAAAAAAGGAUAAGACCAAGAAGAGUAAGACCAAAAUGCCUUCCUUGGUGAAGAAGUGGCAGAGUAUUCAGAAGGAGCUGGAUGAGGAAGAGAAGAGCAGCUCCAGCGAUGAGGACAGGGAGCAACUUAACAAGAAGAGUAUUGAGGAGUGGAAACAACAACAGCUUGUGACAGGAAAAGCGUCGAAAAAUGCUAAUUUUGAGGCACUUCCUGAAGAUUGGCGGGAACGACUGAAGAAACGGAAAAUGAUGAACAGCACAUAACAUCUGGCCUCGAUCAUCAAAAAUAUUUUUAAAAUCCGCUUCAACCAAUACCAUAAUGUCAUUUGUUUUCAUGUGUAUUAUUCAAUGAUAUAUUGAUAUGUUGAAGUUUUCUACUAUUGUGAUGGAGAAUUUUGGAGCCUUUUACUAGCAGUCACUGCUGAGUUUGGCAGAUCCUACUUGUUUUUUUUUAGUUUUUUUUUUUUUAGUCACAAUUGUAAAUGUGCCAAAUGUGUUUAGUUCAUUAAGAAUAGUGUCGUCUUACUAUGACUUUAUGUAGAUGACCACAACAAUUUUUUUUGUGGGGGGGUUGUGUAUUUUAUUGAGCAUUUUACAGCUGUGUACAUAUAUUGUAAAAUGGGACAAGCCACGUUUUGGAAUGGGAGGGAACAUCACUGAACGUGUACAUUUUGUAAAAAGUUAUUAAACUGUUUUUCCACAA